GAGGUCCACCGGUACAGCUCAUCACUUUGCCUACCUGCUCAACGCGUCCGACUACCGGAUCCUCCGUAUGGAUGAGGACCAUGACCGCAUGUAUGUCGGCAGCAAGGACCACAUCCUGUCCCUGGACCUCCAUGACAUCAACAAGAGCCCACAUAUAAUACAUUGGCCGGUGUCUGAACGGAGGCGAACAGAAUGCCUUGUGAGCGGGAAGGAUGCCAGUGAGGAGUGUGCAAACUUCAUCCGCCUGAUCGAGUCGUGGAACCGGACCCAUCUGUACGUCUGCGGAACUGGAGCCUACAAUCCCGUCUGCACCUUUGUCAACCGCGGGCGUAAACCUCAGACGUCCAUGUAUCUGCAGAUGGCCCAGGCCAGGGGAAGGGCUAGCCGCGCAGCCGAACCCAGCGCGGUGCACGAGACACUUGGACUGAAGGAAGAAAUUUUCCACCUCGAGCCUGGAAGAGUGGAAUCUGGGAAGGGGAAGUGCUCCUAUGACCCGAAGCUCAAUAGCGUGUCAGCUUUGAUUAAUGGAGAGCUUUAUUCUGGGGUCUACGUUGACUUCAUGGGAACGGACUCUGCCAUUUUCCGUACUUUGGGGACCAAAACUGCUAUGCGAACAGAUCAGUACAACUCCAGAUGGUUAAAUGAUCCCACCUUCGUCCACGUGCAUCUGAUCCCGGACAGCGCAGAGAGGAACGACGACAAGCUCUAUUUCUUCUUCCGAGAGAAGUCCUCCGAGAUGGGUCAGAGUCCCGUGACCCAGUCUCGCAUCGGACGCAUCUGCCUGAACGAUGAUGGAGGUCAUUGCUGUCUGGUCAACAAGUGGAGCACCUUCCUAAAGGCCAGGCUCAUCUGCUCAGUGCCAGGGACCGACGGCAUGGAAACACACUUUGACGAGCUCAGAGACGUUUACAUCCAGCCAACACAAGAUACAAAAAACCCCGUCAUCUAUGGAGUCUUUACCGUCUCUGGGUCUGUGUUCAAAGGCUCAGCUGUCUGCGUUUACUCCAUGGCUGACAUCCGCAUGGUCUUCAACGGGCCGUUCGCCCACAAGGAGGGUCCUAAUUAUCAAUGGGUGGCCUACACUGGGAAGAUCCCCUACCCUCGCCCAGGCACGUGCCCUGGAGGAACAUUCACGCCCAGCAUGAAGUCCACAAAGGACUACCCAGACGAAGUGAUCAACUUCAUGAGGAAUCAUCCUGCCAUGCACAACGCCGUCUACCCAGUGCACAAGCGCCCCCUGGUGGUUCGAACCAACGUGGACUAUGAGUUCACGACCAUCUCUGUGGACCAGGUGACGGCUGCAGAUGGCAACUAUGAAGUGCUCUUCUUAGGAACCGAUAAGGGAACGGUCCAGAAGGUCAUUGUGCUGCCCAGAGAUGACCUGCAGACCGAGGAGCUGGUUCUGGAGGAGGUGGAAGUUUUCAAGGCCCCCACUCCCAUAACGACGAUGAAGAUCUCAUCCAAAAGGCAACAGCUGUAUGUGUCUUCUGCGGUCGGUCUGACCCAGCUGGCCCUCCACCGGUGUGACGUGUACGGUGAGGCCUGCGCUGACUGCUGCCUGGCCAGAGAUCCUUACUGUGCCUGGGAUGGCAAGUCCUGCUCCCGGUACUCGGCCUCGCAGAAGAGGCAAUACUGGUCUGACCCCUUUAGACGUAGCCGGAGGCAGGACGUCAAGUACGGCAACCCCAUUCGACAGUGCAGGGGCUUCAACUCCAACGCGAAUAAGAACACUCUGGAGAUGGUGCAGUACGGGGUGGAGGGAAGCAGCACUUUCCUAGAGUGCCAGGCCAGAUCUCCACAUGCCGUCAUCAAAUGGCACCUGCAGAGAGACAACAGCGACCGCAGGAAAGAGCUGCGCUCCGACGGUCGGCUUCUGAAGACCGAACAGGGUCUGCUGCUGCGCUCCCUCCAGCCCUCGGACUCGGGCAUGUACCAGUGCACGGCCACGGAGAAGAACUUCAAACACACGUUGGUCAAGCUGCAGCUGGUCGUGCUGUCGGGCCGCGCCGUCAACAACGCGCUCCUGGACGGCGGCGGGGGGCUGGUGCCGUCGUCCCUCCAGUCCAGCAACGCCCAGUGGACCCCCAGCGCGGGCCAGUACAAGGACCUGCUGACGAUUCUGAGCCAGCCUGAGAUGAGCCUGAUCAAUCAGUACUGCCAGGAUUACUGGCAGUUCGGUGACCCCCUGCUGGGAGCCCUCAAGGCCAAAGACCUGAAGGACCUCAAGGAGCAGAAGAAGCCCCGCAACCGUCGGCAUCACAGGGAGCAAGAGGAGGAGGAGGAGGAAGAGGAGCAGCAGGGAGUAGAGACAUGAGGAAACUGACUUUGUGUUUGAAACGUCUUCAACACAGCCUUCCCCCACCCUCCUCCACCCCUGUGAAAACUGGGAAAGACUCGCUGAGAGUAGCAGCUUCAAAGAAAAAAAAAAGUUUCUGAAAACUGAAUGAAAAAAGGCUUCCAAACAAAACCCCACACAUACCCCCUCAAACAGCGAGCUAUAUGAUACACAGUAUUUAUUGUAGGUUGUAAAUAGUAUCAUUCUGUGGAUUUCUUUGUACUUACAGGAAAAAAAAAAGACAUGCUCUGUGUUUAUAGGUACCAUUGGGGGGGGCGAAUAUUGUUAUUGUUGUUGAUUUCAAUGUUGCUGUUACUGUUGUUAGGAAACUCAUUCGUCAGCAUCGUGUGAACUUUGACAACCUUCGGGAACGUGUUCUGGAGCAUGAGCUGUUCAGACUCAGAGCAAACUAUGACAGAGUGUCUGUGGGAGAUGAGUUGCUGAGAAAAGGUGACGGGAGCCUUUUUUUUUUAUAUAUAUUAUUAUUUCUGGACACUCCAGGAGAGCCUGUGAUGUAGCCGCCCUGUGGCUGCUCGCAGACAGAGACUUCGUGUUGGAAGAGGGCCGCCGAAAUGUGGUUCUGAUUAUUGUCGGGGAAACGCUUCUUUCUCAGUGGGGAUCUCUGUGGGGUUUUUUUUUUUGUUUGUUUGUUUCUGUCACGUAUGUGUAGAUCGGAGGACCGAUUGUAAAACGAUGCGUACCGUUACUGCAUCCCAGGCCAGCUAGUAGUCCGGAUCCAGGAGAUUUGACAAGGUAAAAAAAAAGUACUUUCAAAAAGUAUCAAAAAUUCAUCCAUGGUACGGUGCCUUGCAUAAGUCUUCACAUCGCUUGAGCUUUUUCCUGUUAUGUAACAUUACAACUAAAAGCUUGGAUGUAUUUUAUUGGGAUUUAAUGAGAUAGGCCAACAUAAAGCAGUGCAUAUAUACAGAGUGGAUGGAAACUAUUUUACAAAUAUAAAAUCACAAAAGUGUGACAUGCGGUCCUCCUCAGAACUUUGUAGAACCACUUUGUUUCACUUCAGCUGCAGCUACAAGACUUUGGGGGAUCUUUGAGCAUUGAAAGUCUUGCUCCUCCUUUCAAAAUGCCCAAAAUGCUUUAAGCUUAUUGAAAAUUGAUGGCGAGCAGAAAGUCAGAGAGUUUCUAUUUCAUUUAGGUCCGGGCUUUGAUUAGGCCAUUCUAUCAGAUGCUCUAAACCAUUCCUUUGGAGCUCGACUGUGGCUCAGUGGUAAGGAUAUUCCCCUUGGAAUCCGAAAGUUGUCCUUCUGCCACAUGCCGAUGUGCCCCUGGGCAAGGCACUUAAACCCAAAUUCCAUACUAAUUUGUGUAUCUCAUUUUAUUUAGAGGUAAAAAUAAGUGUUGAACUCUUCUUUUCCUUCCACAUCCCAAGCAUGCACGGCUUUGUGUUUGUCUGCCACAUAAAAUUUCAAAUAAAUACACUGAAGUAUGUAGUUAGAACGUGACAGAAUGUGAAAAGGUCCAAACUGUCUGAAUACUUUUGUGAGGGAUUGUCCCAGCUGCUGCUCUACAAUCAGACACACCAAUUGUUCAUAUCAGAAAACAUGACCAUUAACUUUCUUUAAACACAGACCUCAGCUAUAAGGAUUUGCACGGAUGGGCAUUAUUUAGUUUUAUUUUUCAGGAGACAUCGGCAGGGGCCAAAAGAUAGGUCAGAAGAACAAAAACAGGUUUGCAGCGAAAGUUGUUCCAGUUAGGCAGCAGUUGUUUGCAGUCAGCGGUUCUGAGCACAAAAGAGAUUUUUCAGUGUACCUCUCUGAUUUCCUCUUGAGAUGUACACAACAUAGCUUUGUAAAAAAAUAAUAAUAUCGUGACACCAAACAAAAUAUCCGGAGGCUGGUUUUCAUUGUGUGCAUGAACCUGUAUUUGUACUGUAAUUCCAUUAAGGUAGCGCGUGGUAGGUCUUUAAGUUUGUUUUUUCAUCUCUGUGGGUGUACAGUGUGAUGGUUCUCUCAACACAAGAACCAGGGGAAACAAAUGCUUUAAAAUGUUAGGGUCUUAAAUCGUCUCCAGCAUAAAGCACGUUACAACUUCUCAUUGACACGUAGAUUGGAGUAAAAUUAUUUUACAAUUAUGUUUGAAUGUGAGCAAGAGGUAAAAACAAGUGACGAUAUACAUUUUGUCUGAUAAACGUGUGCAUUGGGAUUAAAAAUGGAAGUUCUGAAUUUAUUGUCGGCAUGGGCCAGUUUCCAGUUUUAAACAUUAAGCGAUUUAAAACUUGCCUUACUAAAAGCUGUCAACAGACGAGACCAAACAUGUUUUGUUUUUGUUUUUUUUCCAUUUCGCACGGUAGCAGUCCCCCUCCUCAUUUAUUACCAUGAAUGUUCACUCAGCACUAUUCAAGUGGAUAUUGUAAAGAAUUAACCGCAUCCAGCUGUGGUCCUCUCCUCUCAGUUCUUUACCCUGGAGAGGCACUCUUCUUUUAUUGACUUCUUUAGUAAGAAAUGAAACUAUACUUUUACAUAUUUACUCUAGCAAGACAGAGGCAAGAUGCAGCUUCAGAACUGGGCUCUCAUAAUUGAACACAAUGCAGGAAAGGGUAAAAUCCGUAAGUGAGAGCAUCAAACUUUAGGUUUACAUGAAUUAUGGAUCAGCAAGGACUCCCCUGCAGGAUUGGUCGAUCCUUCCCAUGUCGUCUUUGGCAUAUGUGUCACUGUUAGACUGUGAAAUAGCCUAGCUCCAGAUUUUGUCCAUUCGCUUAUGCGUGCCACAUCUGUGACGUCCUCGGCGUCCGUGAGUUAUCUGUUGCUUCCCUGUUACUGCUUUCCACAGCUCCGGCAUCUGUAAUCACCUAAUCUUUAACAAUAUUAAACAAAUACGCUUUCACAAGAGACAAUAGAUCAGUUUGCUUCUCUUCUCUCAGCUGAACAGCUUCCGUGUUACGCUAAGCUAAAUCAGGCGGGACUUUAGCAUAGUAACAUGGCCGUUGUUGGGCUGAGAAAUCAGGAAGAAAUUCAACGGCCUGUUGUGAAGCUCUAUAUGUUUAAUAACUGCUAAUAUGGCUGGAACAUUUUCUCUUUGACUACAGGCAAGGAAGUAGUUACUUCACUUUAAAAAAAAAAAGCCAACCUAUCUCUUCAGGCUAACGGUGAUUCCAAACAAGCCGUUGCAAACAACUAAACCAGUUAGCAUGUCUGUAAGUAAAAUAAACAGCCUACCACGAAUAAUCCGUCAGGGAGCUAACCAGGCCAACAUCGGCUCUUAAAGCUCCCAAUGUUACUUUAGAAAGAGCCGAACAGAGGAAAAGACAAAUAUUCCAAGAGAUAAAUGCCCUGCUGGCUGUCUGGUAUUUUAGCCGGUACUGACAUUGAAAUGUAAUUACAAUGCGACACUGCAUCUUCACAUCAGACCCAAAUUGCCUGAAAUAUUAAAUAGUAUAAUUGUGGCUAUAUGGUAGUAACCCCAUGGCAGCAGUAGUUUUUUUUUUUUUUUAUGUAGUUACAUUAUGUUUCUAAUUAAAAGUGAUGAAAUAAUGUGAUGUGUUUUUAGACUUUGUUAAAAACUAGUGUAUUAAUGCCAUACUAUUGUGAAAUUAUGGUAUUUCUACAUCAUCACAUUGUCUCAAUCAUACUGGCCCAUGUCUACGCUUUACUGAACCAAGCCACGGAUAACUUAUUUUAGCUGAUCUUUGUGAAGUAAAAUCCUAGUGGUUUUAUGUACAAUGAUGUUUUACAGAAAAGAAAAAAAAACAUUGCUUUCACUGUGGGUGAUAUCUUUAUUACUAGGAUCAAAAAUAUCCUUAAGCCUAAUGGCAACCAGAGUCAUGAAAUUCGAUGUUCAUCAUCAAAAAGCACAGAACAGUUGUAAAGAUCUUUUUUUUUUUUUUUUUUUUUUUUACAAAUAUGUCUUUAAUUUUAUCAAAGUUUUUUUUUAAGUAUCAGACUUUUCUGAUAAAGAGAACACAACAUGCACAGAGUUGUUAUUGAUAUGAUUUAUGUAAAUCUUCCUUUUCCAUUGUUGUUGCUGACUAAUAAAUUAAAGCUCUAUAUUUUAUAAGAAUGGUAUGCUCCACCCUGUUCAUUGUGAAUUGCUUAAUGCUGAAUGUCUUUUCCAUGUUCUGCCCGGAAACCUGUUGAUCCUUGGAAUAAAGUUGUACUUGUCAAAAAGAUGAUGUAUGCACAUUUGUGUAAAAUAAAGACUCUGCAUUUGCAGGCUGCAAUGAAACGUCUGUAAUGCAUGUGUAAUAAAAGGACACGGGAUGGGA